GCGCGCGCAGGUUUCCGGCGCCGGCUGAGGUGACCACUCGUCUCCCCGGCGACCAUGUCGGGCUUCCUCGGCCGCUGCCUCCGGGACCUCGCAUGUCGCUGGACAGCAACAGCGGCGGGUCGGGUGACGUCCGUCCGUUCCUUGCCGGCCCGAGUCGCUUUCCAAACGAGUUUUCAGCAUUUACACUCAAGGUUGAAAAUCCAGUCAAAGAAAAUUCAUUCCUCCGCUUUGAGGCAAAAUGGAAUUAUCAACAGAGUGCUGGAUGACGCCAGCUAUGAAAAACUAGCAGAAGAAACAUUAGAUGCGUUAGCUGAGUUCUUUGAAGAUCUUGCAGAUCGGCCUUUUGUUCCAAAAGAUUAUGACGUAACAUUUGGGAGCGGAGUGCUAACAGUAAACCUGGGCCGAGACUUGGGGACGUACGUGAUUAAUAAACAGACUCCAAACCGACAAAUCUGGUUAUCAUCUCCCACCAGUGGACCUAAGCGAUAUGAUUGGACUGGGAACAGUUGGAUAUAUUCUCAUGACGGAAUCCUUUUGCACGAACUGCUUACAAAGGAAUUUUCUACAAUGUUGAAGACUGAAAUAGAUUUAACGCCAUUAGUAAGGCCAAGAAAUGAAAAGUGAAUGAGAAGGUGCAGUAUUACACCUUGCCAAAUUUAAGCACCAUUUCCAGAUUUUUUNAAGAAAAAGCUAUAAUGGUUGUGGUGUUUACUUUGCUUGUUAUGGCAACUCAUAUGCUGUAAAGAUUCUGUUUAAUGGGGAAGAAAAAUGUUCUACUGGAGCAUCUAACCUUUUCAAUAGGUGUCUUCCAUAUCACAAAACUACGUCUCCAACCAUUCUUACAACAAAGUGCAGUUAAUGUUUCCAAAUGUUUUGCUUUGGUUAUUGGUUUGCACUUCAGAGUUAGAAAGUUUUCUCGUUUUUUACCUGGAUUAGUUCUAUCAUCUGUUAACUGCAUGCUAAAUCCUUUCAGGUUUUUUUUAAAAACUUAACACAAUCAUAUGUUUGUGACCCACCAAACAAAACCAGAAUUGACUACCUGCUUUCAUAUAAAGAUGCUUUAUUACAUAAGUUUGUGAAGUUGAAAUCAGAUUUCAGUCCCUCUCAGUUUUUUAACUUGAAACUCCUAUUUUUCUGUGGUCAAUUCUGUGGUCUGCUGUUUUCCAAACUAGUGAAGGGAUGAAUCCAGCUACAGUCUCCACACUGUAAUUUGUUGCAAUGGUUCUCACUAUGCAGAAUGACUGGUUAACAAUCUAAUAAAUGUUCCUGCCGAGGCCCAUGCUCUGUUGUGCGUUGGGAUUGAUCAUGCAAGUAUGUUGACCUUAAUCCCCACAGCUGCCACUGCUUGAAAGUUGGGACACUAUUAUGUCUUUUAAAUCCACCUAAUUAUUUUCUCCUCGUCAAAAAUUGUUCCUUGAAGUUUUUAACUGGAAGAAUUUAUACAGGAAAAUAAAACUGGAAAAAAUCAUCAGGUCCAUUUGGCUGGCUCCAAAUUAUGUUAAAUUGCUCAUGAAGAAACAGAAAAAAAGGUUUAAAAAGGUUCAGCUAAAGAAAGCUCUUCGGCCCAUUUUGGGCUCAACCUUGCUGAACACCAAUCCUUUGCAUCUUAAAGGGUGAAGGGCGUAAGCCUUUCUAGUUACUAGUUUGUGCUCACUGGCGAAUAUUACUAACCUGUACUGCAUUUUCCUGUGGUCAGGCAGCUCUGAUUUGGUCCAGCUAAUCCAAAGUGCUAUCAGAUUUGAAAUGACAGGUUGCAAUGAAGGAUGCACAUAACUGGCAUCACUGUGUUGGCCCAAGAAAGGAAACUCUCAAAUGGCAGUCUCUUGCAAUCCUUGAAAAUAUUUCAGUAAUGACAAAAUUAGGUUAGAACUAUGUUAAUUUCUGAUAGCGUUGGGUGUUAGAAAACCUUUAAACAAAAUUUCUUUGGACAUUUCUUCCCCUUUAACUACUUUUAUUUCCUUUUUCUUGCUUUCUGAAAUACACUGUUCUGCUGUAAAGUUCUUCUUACAGCCCUGGUAAGCACUGACUGCACUUCCGCGAGAAAUGUACUGAAACUGGCCCUGCCACUGAAAUGUUCCAGCAUCUGUUUGAGAUGCAAGCAACCUACUUCCUUUGAUAGCUUUAUAAUGUACCCAGGUAAAUGUGCUUGAGCUUCCCUGCAGAGAUAAUUCAUAGAAAAUGGCAAAUAUUAGUUGGUAACGUGCUCUUCUUCCCCUUAAGGUUUCUUCAUGAGAGGGAAUCUUUACAUUCAAGAAGGUGCCCAGAAUAGUGUGUUAUUUAGCAUUCAGAUCCUUGCCUUAAUGAGCACAGAAAUGCACUAUUUUUAAAGAAUAUGUAUAUUAUCAAGAAUAGUGAUGUAAACCUGUACAACGAAUGUCAACAGGCUACUGAACCAUGGACACCACAACCAAGCCGAGUACUGUCUGCACUGCACGAUUACACUUGCACUUGCUGGCAGAGGUAACUCAAUAGCUAUCAGAAUUGUUAACCCUUGCUGAAUUUUAAUUUGGGGGUGCAGUUGCAAAUUGAAAAUAAAUCUAUUUU